GGUGACCGCCGCGGCCUCCUCCUCCUCAGUCUGCUCCUCGUCUCCGCCGGCGCCGCACGCUCCGCCGGUCGUCGCCGUCCCCGCCGGGAAGAUGGUGGGCGUGAAGGUGAUCGGGGCCGACACGGACUUCCAGCCCGAGCUGAGCGGCGCCGGCUCCCGCCUGGCCGUGGUCAAGUUCACCAUGCGAGGAUGCGGACCUUGUUUAAGGAUAGCACCGGCUUUCAAUGCUCUAAGUAAUAAGUAUCCCCAGGCAGUCUUUUUGGAAGUGGAUGUACAUCAGUGCCAGGGAACGGCCGCUACCAACAAUAUUUCGGCAACACCCACAUUUCUCUUUUUUCGAAACAAAGUGCGAAUCGACCAGUAUCAGGGAGCAGAUGCCGUGGGAUUGGAAGAAAAAAUAAAACAGCAUUUAGAAAAUGACCCUGGAAAUAACGAAGACACCGAUAUUCCAAAAGGCUAUAUGGAUUUGAUGCCCUUCAUUAACAAAGCUGGCUGUGAAUGUCUUAAUGAAAGUGAUGAGCAUGGAUUCGAUAAUUGCUUACGGAAGGAUCCUUCUUUCUUGGAAUCUGACUGUGAUGAGCAGCUGCUUAUUACCGUGGCUUUCAAUCAGCCUGUCAAGCUUUAUUCUAUGAAAUUUCAAGGCCCUGAUAAUGGUCAAGGACCCAAGUACGUGAAAAUCUUCAUCAACCUUCCCCGAUCUAUGGAUUUUGAAGAAGCGGAAAGAAGUGAGCCAACUCAAGCCCUGGAACUCACACAAGAUGAUAUUAAAGAAGAUGGCAUUGUCCAACUUCGCUACGUUAAAUUUCAGAACGUUAAUAGUGUCACUUUAUUUGUCCAGUCUAAUCAAGGAGAAGAAGAAACGACAAGAGUUUCGUAUUUUACAUUUAUUGGGACUCCAGUGCAGGCAACGAAUAUGAAUGACUUCAAAAGAAACGUACACACUGGCAGGUUGAGAACUAUCACCCUGUGACCCAGUAGUAGGCAAGAAAGGAGAAAGCCACUAAGAUGUAAAAGACACUGGAAGGCCUUAUUGCAAUCUAAUGGAUCAUCGGUUUAUCUACAGCUCCUGGAUAAUUGCUUGACACUAGCCAGAGACUGUCAGUGUUUCAUUUACUGUCAUUACCAAUAAAUCAUUGCUUUCCUUCA